CCAGGGAUUCACGUAGUCGAAGUCGGACAGACCGACGUUCCUCAUCCCUCUUCGCCGCCACACCGUAAACAUGAAGGCGUCUGGCACGUUGAAGGAGUACAGCGUGAUUGGGCGCAAGCUCCCUUCAGAGCUCGUCCCCAAUCCCCAACUUUACAAGAUGCGAAUCUUUGCUCCUGAUGUUGUAACUGCCAAGUCCCGUUUCUGGUACUUCCUCUCCAAGCUUAAGAAGAUGAAGAAGGCCAGUGGUGAGAUUGUAUCAAUCACACAGGUCACUGAACGCAAGCCCAAUGUUAUCAAGAACUUUGGCAUCUGGCUUCGUUAUGACUCGCGUUCUGGAACCCACAACAUGUACAGGGAAUACAGGGAUCUGACAGUAUCUGGCGCUGUUACCCAGUGCUACCGUGACAUGGGUUCCCGUCAUCGUGCUCGUGCCCACUCUGUGCAGAUUAUGCGUGUGGAAAGAGUGGCAAGCAGCAAGUGCCGCAGACCAGCCAUUGUUCAGUACCACAACUCCAAGAUCAAGUUCCCCUUCCUUCCCCACUCCAAGAGGAAGAACAUGAAGAUGGACCGCAUCACACCCAAGAUCCCCAUGAUUCCAACUUAUUAAAUAUAAUAAAUGGUCGGGUGAA